GUUUUCUACAUGGAUCAGUUCAAGCUACAGAAAUCACAGAAGAAAUGGUGCAUCAAGAAUCCCCAUCUAAAGUAAAGAUCGUGUUAUGUACUAACGAUGAUGAAUCAUCUUCGGCUUCAUCUGCUGAAGAUGUUCUGCACAGCCGGCGUUGGAAGAAGAACAAGGUGAAGAAAGAAGGGGAGGGGCACGCGGGAUCAAUUCAAGCUACAAAAAUCACUGAGGAAAUGGCGCAUCACGAAUCUAAAAUACUGAUCAGGUUAUGUGACGACGAUAAAGGAUGUAUACCCUAUUGCCCUAAAACUUGCAAACGUGUUUAUUGCGAUAAACGACCCGAGCCAAAACAAAGCAGGUGCUUUUGCGAGACCAGUGAAUUCUCUCUGAAAAGUAUGCUCUUUACAAUGCCAUGUGUGCAAGGUUAA